GUGUGAGAAAAUUUUCAAAAAAAAAACACUUGAAAGUACAAAAAAAAAAAAAGAAAAAAAUCAAAAACAAAAUUUUAUACAAAUUUUUUUAAAAAAGAAAAAAUUUACAAAAAUUAAAUGCUGCUCUGCCUGCUUCCCCUGUAGUACAAUUUAGUUUAAAACAAAUGGCGUGAAAUCAUACAAGCGUUGUGCGGAUUGUUUUUCAACAAAAAAAAAAAAUAAAUAAAAUAAUAAAUUAAAUUAAAAUUAUUUAAAAGAAAUUAAAAGAAAAACACACAAACAAAUUAGUAAUUUUGUCAAGGAAAAGAAAGAAUUUGAAAAUUUAGAAAUUAAAAUAAAAAUAAAUUUCUAAAAACAAUUGGAAAAUUUAAACAAAAGUUGUCAACUUAAGUUUUAAGUUAAAGAUCAUUGGCGAUCAGUGGCAUUAAUUUAAAAUUAAGCAAAUAAAAGAAAAAAAAUAAAUAAAGGCAAAAGAAAUAAAACGUGUGAACCGUAAAAUAAUUACGUGAUUUUUCUGUCUCAGUGAUUAAACUAAAAAAGAAAUAAAAUAUUUAAAAAAAAACGAAAAUUUGAUUUUAAACAAAUCGAAAUCAAUAAACCGUUAAAAAAAGAAGAAUUAAUUAAAAUCAUAAUAAAAAAUUAGCUAAAGCAGUAACACCUUUUAAAGUCUUUAACAAAUUUCCUCAAAAAAAAAAAAAAAAAAAAAAAAAACAAUUGCAAAAUGGAUUUCAUAUCGAAUUUAAUAAAAAGACCCAUUAGUUUAGUUAUAAACGAAACGUCAAACACAAUGGAUAAAUAUUCGAUCUCAGAUUCCUUGCCAAAUACACCCGCUACUGAGACAGACAAACAAAAGGAAUCUAAUACAACAACUUCAGCUCAAGAAGAACAAAAAUCAACAAAUUUAAAUCUUAAUAACAACAAUAAAUAUCCUACCACCCUGUCCUCCUCCACCUCCUCUACAACCUCUUUCCUAAAUAAUGGUGAUCAUAUGACUGAUUUUAUUGGUGUACCUGAAGAAUAUCUUGAUGAAUUUAAAGAUAUUUUACCACCACCUCCAUUAAAUCUACAACAUACAGAUUGUUUAACACAAUCACUUUUGGAUUUGGAUAAUACAAGACCACUCUCUAUAACACCACCACCUCCACCACAUCCCUCACAAACGGAAUCGGAAACGCAGGAAAUGCUGACACCUUCUAUGAAAGCUUCACAAACAAUUGAUGAACUAUUGUCUCACAUCAAUGAUAAUCUUCAACAAGCUGGUCUUAAUGAUGAGGUAUUGGCCAUUGCUUCACCCCCCAACAAAUCAGAGUUGAGUCCCUUAUCUUCUAAAGCGGCCUUAAACAAUUCAAAACUGUUAAAUUCUUCUUCCUCUUCAUCUGUCUCGAAUAUACAAAUUAAUUCCAAUAAAACUCCCACAAUGGCUGCUGGUACAGCCAGUACGAAUACGGUUUUUGAGAAUAAUUCUUCAAUACAUAAAUUUCAUAUUGAUCCAGAAUUGGAAACUGGUAUUAUAUUCGAUGACCAUCAACAACAGCAGGCGAGCAAAGAUCAAUUAAAUAAUUCUGGUGUUAAUAAAUCAUCUAAUAAGUUUGUGGGUUUAACUGAAUUUGAUGAAGCUAAAAUACCCGAAUUACCAGGUGAUUUAAAUCCAAAUAUUGAAGAACAAUAUAAUGUUACCUUUGAAGAAUGUUUUAUUCCCACAUUAACCGCCCAACAAGGCACUAAAGUACCCGAUGAGUUUAUUGUGGAUAAAACUCAUCUCCUUUUACCCACUGAAGUCGAUGCAAUUUCAUCGGAAAAUGAAACUUUUGCAGAUUGUAAUGAUGAACGUGAUCCCUUAGCCACUACGUUUGCCGAACAGGGACCAUUGGAUGUAACCACAGAUUUGGAAUCUUAUCAAAGUGCCGUCAAUAAUAGUUUAAAUACAAAUCUUAAUAAUACCAUGGAAAAUAUAGCAGAUAUAACCAUGGAAGCUGAAGGACAACCUUUACAAAAACUUAUACAAAAUCAAACAUAUGAAGAGAUAACACACGAUGAUAUACCACAACAAUAUGAAGCCAUGGAUACAGAUGAACCCAUGGAUGUUGAUAUGAAUGCUACUAUGGAGAUAAUACAAAACACCUCAAGUAAUAUACAGCAUGUGGAACGAGUUUUGCAACAUGCAGAAAAUGUUCUUCAACAUAUUGAGGAGAAAAAACCCUUGGAAGAACGCAAUAAAGAAAAUAUUGAAGGUUUGUUGGAAAAACAAACGGAAACAUCCAAAAUGACAUUUGUGGUAAAUACUCCAAUGGAAAGUAAGGCUGGACAACAUUUAGAACUGGAACAGUCGAAACAUGAAUUGUCUUUGAAUAAAAGUGUGGAAUUGCCCGUUAAUAAAACUAUCAGUUCUGAAUGUAUUAUUGAAACUGUUAACAAGGAAUUGGCUAAGGAGGAUCAAAAUGAAUUGCCGUCAAAGAAAACUGAAGAUAUAUCAAGUAAUCUUAAUACAACCAUGGAUGCCAUGAAUGUCAGCACUGCAAGUAAUUCAUCGGCCAAAUCAUCUGAAUCUCAACAACUAAAGAAAACAGACACUUCAGUUAAUCACAAUUUAACAAUUGAUAACAUUAACACUAGCAAUUGUUCUGAUAAAGCAGCAGCUACUGCUUCCCAGGAAAAUAGCGACUCUUUAAAUAAUCACAAUUUAACCGUAGAUUGCAUGAACACCAGCACCACUAGUAAUUCUUCAGCCAAAUCAGCUGCUAAGGCUGACAAUAAACCUGAAACUAAGUUAAAUUUAACUUUGGGCUUAAGUACUUCCCAACACUCACAGAAAAGUGAAAAAUCACAACCCACCUCACCUGCUUUUCCCAUUAAAUCGGCACAGAAUACUGGUUUUCCCCGUUCACCCAAAGCUAAAAGUGAAAAACCUAAAGAAACGCCUUUUUUGGAAAAAUCUGAUUACUUUUCAAAUCUACAAACUCAAACAACUGCAGAAAAAUCUCUUAAUGAUUUGAAUGGCACCUAUGUGGAGUCAUCGGUGGCAACUUCUGUGGCAAAUAAUUUAAAUGGCACAUUUGUCGAACCUUAUGCCGUGGAUACUGCAAUGCCAAAACCUAUCGAUCAAUUGGACACAAAUACUGAUGAAUUGAAAAAUAAACGUCAAACUUUUUCCAUUAACACACUCAGCGAGGAGAAGACGGCUGAAGAAAAACGUCGUACAUUUGCAGUUAACACGACUGAGAGUACAUCAUCAUCUCAACUUAUGCAGUUUCCUUCUCUGGAUAAACCCGAUAUUCAACGUCGCACGUUUGCUGUUAAUGACACCGUCAUAAUGCCGCAGGAAUCUUUGUCAGUUAGCGAUAAAAUUGAUGUCAACGCGAGACGUACAUUUAAUGUGCCUUCUUCGGAAUUAUCUCCAGAACCGACAGAUCAAACUGCCAUGGAUACCAGCUUCGAACCCAUGGAAGUUGAUUACAAUGCUACAAUGUCUAUGACAGCAGAUAUGGAACAAAGAUCACAGUCACCUCCUUUACCAGCCAUGCAGCAAAGAUCACAAUCUCCUCCUUUGCCAGCUCAACAACAGAGGUCACAAUCUCCACCUUUGCCAGCUCAACAAAAGAGGUCACAAUCACCUCCUUUGCCGACCAUUCAGCAAAGAUCACAAUCUCCUUCUCAAACUACUAUGCCGCAAAGAUCACAAUCUCCUUCUCUGACUACUAUGCAGCAAAGAUCACAAUCUCCUACAAUGUCAAGAUCGCAAUCACCUGAUCUUCCAACAAUGCAGCAAAGAUCACAAUCACCUCCUUUACGAACCAUGCAACCCAGAUCCCAAUCACCUCCUUUACCAACUAUGCAGCCCAGAUCCCAAUCUCCUCCUUUACCAACCAUGCAACCGAGAUCCCAAUCACCUCCUCUACCAACCAUGCAAGCGAAAUCACAAUCUCCUCCUCUUCCAACCAUGCAACCGAGAUCCCAAUCACCUCCUCUACCAACUUUACAACAAAACAAAUCUAAAAUACCACCAACAUCGCAACUACCCCCAUUACCCACUGACCCACAAGUCAUGAACAUCAAAGAGGAACAAAUAUCACCUCCACCGUUUGAAUCAACUGCCACAUCCUUUACUUCACAGCCACUCUCCACACUUAUACAAAAGAGACCUUCCAUAAGGGAUGCACGAGCUCGUGCUGCUGACAUACUCUCCGCAAAAGAACAAUCUAAUAUUAAAGUUAAAGAUGAAAAAGAUAUUUUUGUAGAAAAAUUUUCACCAUCUCCCAUAGAAGAUAUCUUUACUGCUGUUUCGGCCACUUCAACAACUUUAACAAAUUCUUCAGGAUUUUCCGAAUUUGAUCAAACAUCAUCGUUAUCUUCCACAUCCUUAGGGAAUCAAAAUGAACAACUAACCAGAUCACAACAGCAGCAACAACAACAAUUUCAAGAUGAAUUCAGUGGAAAUAACAAUAAUCUUAUUUUAAAUCCAUCCGAUUUUGAUUAUCUUCUAACAAAAGGCAAUAAUACUACACCAGUGGAUCGUAGUUCAUUGUUAUUGAAAUUUGAUCCAUUGCUCGGUGUACCAGUGCCAGUUAAUCAGGGACAACAGCAACUACAACAAUUACAAAUACCAACUAAUACUAUUAAUCCUUGUUUAAGUCCAACACUUGAAGAAGACGAACAUAACGACAGUAAUCGUUCAUUUGUUAUAGACACAAAAGCAACAGGCGGAUUAGGCGGCUCAUUAGCAACAGGAGGUGGAGCAGGAAUAGCAGCUGCAGGUGUAAUAACCGGUGCCAGUGCCAAAUUAUUGAAAGAAAGAUCACAAGAAGUUAAACAGCAAUUGCAGUUGGAACAACAGGUCCAACAAAAUAAACGCCAAUUAACACAGGGAGUAAACAAAAAGAAUGCCACUAUGAGUGUCGAUGUGAUUAAGGAUAUGAGUUUAGAUAACGAUUGUAAUAAAACUUUUGAAAAUUCCAAUUCCACACAAUCGGAUGAUAAACAGAUCAACUAUAAAAUGGAUGAACUUGAAAAGAAAAUCAAAAAUGAAGUUCUUAAAACAGAAGAUAUUGAAAAGAAACUUAAAGAUGCUGAACAAAGGGAGGAGGCUUUAAUCAAACGUAUCACAGAAAAAGACAAAACAAUAGCAAAAAUGACAGGUGUUAUUGAAGCCUAUGAAAAAGCCAUAGCUGAAUUAAUUGCCGAUAAAGAGCAAUUAACACAACACUAUGAGAAACAAUUGGCCGAAGUUAAGGCUGAUCGCGAUUCAAAUUAUCAUCAUUUAACAUCGCUGGAAACAACAUUUUCCGAUUUGCAUGUAAAAUAUGAAAAGAGCAAAGAAAUGACCUGCCAAUUAAAAGAAAGCGAAGAAGCUUUACAAGCUGAAAAACGCAAAAAUUUAGAAAACCUUCAUUUACAGGAACAACGAUAUGACAAAAUGAAAAAUCAUGCAAUGCAACAAUUGGAAAUCGCCAACAAAAAACUGGAAUCUCUAACACGAGAUCAUUCAAUAGAAAUAACAAAACUGAAAGCCUUACUUAAAAAAGAAGAAAUCGCCCGAUCAUCCAUACAUGAGCAAUUGGCUCAAAAGACUAAAGAAAACGCUGAACUCGUUAAGAUAUGUGAUGAACUCAUCUCGGGGCAAGGAAGUUAAAGAGAAGGAUCCAUUUUUGUUUGAUACAGUUUUUCUGUUUUGAAACCCAAUACAAAAUUGAAUGAUAUUUGUUUUUUUCUUUUAUUUUUAUUUUUUUAAAUACUAAUUAUUUAUUUAAUGUUUUCUAAUUUGUAUUUUAGUUACGUAAAUAAGAAUGAUUAAAAGAAAGAAUGAAAGAAAAGAAAAAAUCUGCAAAAACACACACUUAA